AAGAAGAGUAGAUGUGCAGAAAGGAACAGGGGUCUGGCAUUCUCCUGGAACUACUUCUUACAGCCAAGAAACACAGGAGCUCCUGAAAGGCAUAUAUGCAUUCAGAAAAAAAAUCCCUGUCAACCUCAAACAUUUCACUACAUACGCAAUCCUCCCUCUAGGUGUGAGGAGAGAAAAUGGACCACUCAUGAGAAAUGUUAUUUAUAUUGCUUAAUGCACUGCUGGAAGACAUACAGAUGCUACAAGUGGUAAAAGAAACUGCACUGAAUAGAGAGAGCUCUACUAGCCCAUGCUUCUUAAACUGCCUUUCCUAUACCCACUCACUCAUCUUGCUUCCUCUUCCCAUUCAAAUCAAACCCAGAGACUGUUUCUGUUCCAUCUUUCUCUCUCAUGGUAACACACAAGCUGUUUUAACUCCCCCUGACCUAAGUAAAGGCAUUGCUUUUUCUCCAUAGCUAUGCCAUUCUGCACCCUUCCCUUUCUUGGUGAAUGCAACCUCUUGCCUCAUGUUUAGUCUGCAAGGUUUUCAGGCCAGGGACAGUCUUCUGUAUAUGUCUUGUAAAGUGUCUGUCUAAUCCAACCAGUUUAUCUGUCUCUGUCUUACAUAACACCCAUCACCAAGGAUACUUACGGAUGCUGGCACAUACUAAGUAAUAACCCACUUUUGUAACCCUUCUUCAACAGUUGCCAAAGCGAAAGGCAAAAAUCUCGUUAUUGCAGUUAAUCAGUUAAAAGAUAAUGACUGAUGGCUCCCUUGAUACUCUCUCUUUCUCACUUCUGUCACUGCAAAGCCUGGUAUCAUUUGCUUCCAAACCUGGGGGAAAUUUUACCUCCACCCGACCUUCUGUACCAUUUUAAAGCCAAAGCUGACUUUUCUUUGGAGACAACUGCCUCUUGGCUUUAUAGUGGAAACAUAAAAGUUUAAACCUUACCUUAUGUGAAGAGGCCUUUCUCCAGUGACCAUCAUAUAUGCUUUCUUGAAACUUUUGAAACAGUUUGUGUCAAUAAUAGCUCACAACAUAAUUCUACAAGCUAAUUAGUUGCAGUGAAAAAAUCAUUCCCUUUGCUCUCACUGUAUAUUUGCCAUUUUUUUUAAUUGUGUUCUGAUUGGAAAUGGUAGAUGGAAAUCAGGAGCCUCUAAUUUUUACAAUCAAGGCACUUUCAUUAGGGGCAUAAAUCUGGAUUAGAAAUUAGUUGGAUUAAAUAUGGAUUAGUUUUUUAAAGUGGGCAGAUAAUUCCACAGGCCAGAGGUGUUGUAUACUGGUUGGGCCUUUACUGAUGGUUCUUCUGUUUCAGUGAUGAUGCAGGAAUGCAGACUUACUAAUUUCCAGAAACGCCACCUUAUGGACUGCAUAAAACGAGGUGAUGCUCUGCCCAUCCACUGCAACCCAACCUCCAGCAAACAGCCAGAGCUUGCAAAGCCCACUUCUUCUCCACCAAAGCCUUGUCCGCCAGUGAGCUUGCUGGCUAGACCCCAUCUCCGACCUGCCAAGGUCUGCCAGGCAGGCGAUGCCUACACCCGAGAUAAAUUCAAACCAAAGGCCACUCGAGACUUGGAGAGGGAAAAGCAAAGGCUCCAGAACAUCUUGGCGACUGGGAACGACAAGGAGGAACACAAACCACAGCAGAAGCCAGUGCAGAAAAAGGAGGAGAUACCUGAACCUGACCGGUUUGAAGAAUUGGUGAAUGAAAUUCAAGAGAGGAAGGAGUUCCUGGAGGAGAUGGUGGCUCUGGGACAGGACAAGAAGUACCGAGAGAUCAUCCUCACUGAAAUCUCACAGAAACUGCGGGAGAUGGAGAUCAUUGACAAGAACAGGAACAAGGAAGCAAGAGAGGCAGUGGCUACAAACCUUCCUGUAGGGAGCCACUCUGAUUCCCAGAGCUAGGCUACGAAUGCAGAGCAUUCCCACCCAUUCUUUCCUUGGUCUUCCAGCAACUUUUGGAAGGUCAGAAACUGGCCUGAACCUGUCCAUCUAUAGCAGAUGCUCUGGAAGAAACAUCAGUGCCACCUGCUGCAUAGAGCCAAGCAUAGGGCAGGGAUGUUAUGGAUAGCAUAGGAGAAAAACUUUGUAAAAUCUUCUCCACUUACUAGCCUUCUUUCUCCAUGGGUGCAUUUUGUAGUAGAGUGUUAGAUGCCUGGGGACCUCAAUCAGGGAAUCAGAAUUUUGUCGUGUGAAGCCACAGGAGAUGAAGACCAGUGAUGCUGCAGUGACCUUUGAAAUAGAAUAAAGGAAGGCCCCCUUCCACCUUCUAUGUACACCCUAAGGGGGCAGGACACAGCUUUCCUGCAGAACAGACACCCAGAUGGAAAAUCUGUACCUUUUCUAUAAUCCCUGGGGGAAGGAAUCUCCGGUUAUUUCUGUACGUUAGUAUAUUACCUCCACCCACAUUACCACAUUAGUCUGCAUUACCACUUCUGUCAGUACAACUCUGGAAAGAAACCAUGUCAACUGCUACCGCAUAGCUGACAAGGACCAACCAUGUGGACUCACAUAAAUACAAACCUUGAAUUUGAACAUAAAUACAAACCCUGAAUUUGACAGUA